UUUCAAGGCCCUAACAUCUAUGGUCUGCACUAUGAGGCACAACAUCAUUCUGAAACUUCACACAAACUACCUUUGCCACCAAAUGCUAAAGGCGAGUCUAAUUUGGGUUUGAUUUAUAAUAACGUAGUAGACUUUAUACGCGAUGAGAACACUGGAGAAUAUCCACCAAUUUAUACCCAUCGCGAUUCUAUAACAAUUGUUGAGUCGGUAUUGGAAUUUCUUAAAUCUGAUUUGAAUGCAAAUAGUGUUGAAUUGAAGAUAUAUUCCAUACAAUAUCUUUUCUACAUACUGAAAGAAGCCACCUCUGAGAUGGGUGAAGUGGAGCAACCAAAAUCGCACUACAUAACGGAUGCAUAUUUUGAGCGUGACUUUUUCGAAUAUCAAACUGGCAUUGCCUGCACUUACCAUGAAGAUAUUGACAAAAGCAAAUAUUGUACACAAUCAUGCGUUACACGUUGGGGUUUCAUGUUCUCAGAUUACAUGUGUCGGGAUAUCGCUAUUGAUUUAAUACCCGGACGUCAUGUGCCAGAAUCAACCAACUUAGCUGCUAUUAUAAAUCCAGCACCAAGCACCUAUGGUGACACUGAAUCACAUAUUUCCGUUAAUAGCGAAAGCACUUACGCAACCAAAGCAAUUUCUGAGCACAAAGUUUAUUAUGAUGACCACAAGACAUUCAUGUCGGCACGCUCCAAUGCCACUGGUCGCUCUAUAGAUAAGUAUGAUACUAAUGAAUUUCCUAGUCUUGGUGCUGGUCCCUCGCGAAAGAAGCACGCAAGGGCUGUUUCACCGUCGCCCGCAAAGGCAACUCGUACUGAUCACAUCAGAACAAUUGAUAUUGAAUCAGCUGAUGAUUUAAAUCCUUGGUCGUCACGUUCCAGAAAUGUGCCACGCGAACCAGAUACUUCGCACUUCGACAUUGAUUAUACGCGCGAUGAUACAACUGAUAAUGAGACCACUGUCACUGGUUAUGGACGUGGUAGAAUGCGUAUGAAUCAAUCUACGAUUAGCAAUGCAACAGCAGGUUCGGGACGUGGCAGGCUAUUACAUCGUUAUGAGUAAAGUGAAAAUUGAGAUGCAGCAAGGUAUACUUACAUAUGUACAUUAAACCAAUUGCUCAUGAAAAGCAAAAAGUUUAUCUCUCAAAUUAAGAAUCGUAUAUACAAUUAUUGUAGUAUGAACAAAUCAAUUGUAUGCUAUGCGAAAAUGCGCGCAUAUUUUAGUAUCUCGACAAAAUGUAUUAAAAAAAUGAUACUUUACACAUGUUCAAUAUGUAUGUAUGUAUGUAUGUACUUGAAGAAUGUUUUUUUGGUUUAUUAAUUUUGCUGAAUUCAAUAUUUUCUCCAGUUUAAGCUCGUUUGUAUUACUUGACUAUUAUAGUCGCAAUGUAAAGCGAUACAAGAUCCUAGUGUUUAUUAAUAAAUAAAAUGCUUAACAUUCUUC